UCCGUUUGUUGGGUGACUCUGCUCGCCCCACAGUAACUUGUAUUCAAGAUGUUUUAACGACGCUGCACACUUAACGUUCAGGCCUGUCGGAGAGCAAACCGACAGGAGAUGAGGAGAUAGUUUGACACGGAGCUCUUCAUCGCUGAGACUUGUGGGGGGGAUGAAAAGUCAAGCUGCGCUCAGAGCACACAGCAGCAGCGGCGGCGGAGAGGAGUGCAGGGGGGACGGAGCAGACACCGGCCGGUCUGUGGACGCUGCACACAGGCACACAGAGACAUAGACACAGAGCUGCAGAAAGGACGAGUCUUUGCCUCUCAGCCACACCGAGGCUUUGGUGGGAAAAGUUUGGGCAGCCGCUGGGACAGUGAAGGCAUCAUGGUUGUGUCUGUGCGGAGCUGGGUCGCCAACGAGGGAGGAAAGCACUUGGUCCUGAUGCUGUGGCUGGGAGUGAACACCUGGCUGUUCCUGAAGACCUUCCUGCUGUACUCCACUGGACAGCAGUAUCACUACCUCUACAAGAUGCUCGGGCUAGGGCUGUGCAUCAGCAGGGCGUCUGCGUCUGUGCUGAAUCUGAACUGCAGCUUGGUGCUGUUGCCCAUGUGUCGCUCCCUGCUCACCUUCUUCCGAGGAACACACAAGGUAUCCAGCAGAGAGACUCGCAGACUGCUGGACAAGAGCAAGACCUUUCAUGUGGCAUGUGGAGUAGCCAUCUGCAUCUUUUCUGUUGUACACGUGUCUGCCCACCUGGUGAAUGUCGUCAACUUCAGUGUGAGCUACUCGGACGACUUUCCUGCUCUCAAUUUGGCUCGCUACAGGGGAGAGGACCCCAAGCUGAUCAUUUUGACCACAAUCCCAGGAGUCACAGGCGUUCUGUUGGUUCUCAUCCUUUUCCUGAUGUUCACUUCCUCCUCCCACUGCGUACGGUUGUCCAACUAUGAGAUCUUCUGGUACACUCACAACCUCUUCAUUGUCUUCUACGUCAUCCUCAUGGUGCACAUGGUCGGCGGAGCCCUGAAGUAUCAAACCAACAUAGAGGCCCACCCUCCUGGCUGCCUCAGAGCCAAUCAGAGCAGCACAGAGCAGCAGGGCGAGGAGCUGGAGCAGGGUGAAGAUGAAGAGAGGAGAUGUAAAGAGGAGGCUCACUUCCAGCCACACUACCCCCAGACGUGGCUUUGGGUGUCCGGUCCUCUCUGCCUUUACUGUGCCGAGCGUUUCUACCGCUACAUCCGGAGCAGCAGCCCUGUUACCAUAGUGACAGUCAUCAGGCACCCCUGUAAUGUCAUUGAGUUGCGCAUGCUGAAGAAGAACUUCAAGGCUCGUCCGGGACAGUAUAUUGUUCUUAACUGUCCAGGUGUCUCUUCAUUUGAGAACCAUCCCUUCACGCUCACGACGUGUCCCACGGAGAACAAGGAAACUUUUGGCAUCCAUCUUCGAGUCGUGGGAGACUGGACUGAGCGCUUCACACAGCUGUUACUUCCUGAACCGAGGAAAGACUUGGAGAUCCUUCCCAUGGUGCAACAGAGGAGAUACCCCAAGCUUUACGUGGACGGGCCCUUUGGAAGUCCAUCAGAGGAAGUGUUUAACUACGACGUCAGCGUUUGUGUCGCGGGUGGAAUAGGAGUCACGCCGUUUGCCUGCGUGCUGCAUGCUCUGCUUGACGGCUGGACGGGUUUCAGGUUGCAGAGGUUGUACUUUGUGUGGGUCUGCAGGGAACUCCAGUCCUUCUACUGGUUUGCUGAGCUGCUCUGUGCACUUCAUCACAAGCUUUGGCAGGAAAACAGACCAGACUACUUCAAUCUGAGACUGUACGUCAGUCAGACAGACAACCUGCAGAGUAUGUCUGAGGAGAGGUAUCGCCCACUCACCUCCAGGCUGCUGGUCGGUCGCCCCAGGUGGAAGUUACUGUUUGAUGAGAUCGGGAGGACCAAUAAGCACAAGCGAGUCGGUGUUUUCUGCUGUGGACCAAAGGGCAUCUCCAGGACUCUCCACAGACUGUGUAACUCAGCCCGAUAUUCUGGAACAACAUUUGAAUUCAACAAGGAGUCCUUCAGCUGAUCCAACAUUAGAGCCGGUU